AUGGCAAAGUCAGAAGGAUCAUCGAAACCAGCAGCGCUGCUCUUCGCUGGGUCGCCGGCCGUGCUGGCCACGGCCACGGCCACGCGAGCCUCGUCCGGUCGCGCGUCCAGCAAACGCAAGAACGAUGAUACCGGGGAUAACGAGACGAAUGGGACUGCUAAGAAGUUGAAGACGGAGACGCGUCCAGCCAGAGCGAAGCCCUCCUCUGGAGCUGUUGGACAGUGGACAAAGAAAGGGCCCGUUGAAAUACAGCUCAAGCUUGUGCGAACGAGCGGCGGCGAAGACGAGUAUCGUGAUGCGCACGAGAAGAUAUUUAGGGACAGGAUGGACGAAUACGACGAAGACGAAGAUUAUGAAGGAUAUUACGAGGCCAAGCAGGACCUCUACGCCUUUCAAGACGGUCGCUUGGACACGGAUUAUGAUGACCCAGAGAUGGAGUCGAUACAAUACAGAUCGGAAUAUCAUGUCGCCGUCGAGACCGCAGAAGGCGAAGAUGUCGGACACGUCAAAUUUCUCGUGGCCGAUUUGACCGACGCCGAGUUUCAUCAUUUCUGGGCCGUAUUCGAAUGCCACUCUCCUGCCGUCAGUCGCUUCUUGAGCGUCUUCGCGGAAGAUGACCCCGCCUAUAGCGGCUUCUAUGACGGCGGACACUCGGAGGGGCCCCUCCUCAAGGUUGACGUCCAGGCAGCAGGAACAAAGUGCUGGAGCCGUCAUGAGUUUACUGCUUACAGGAAGGACCCGCUAGUUUAUAUCCUCGAAUUCGUGGUCAAGGACAAAUGGCAGGGUCAAGGCGUCGGCAGUCAGAUCUACGAGGCGUUGAGCUCUCUGGAGCCCGUUCGCCGCGCAAAGUACUUCUUCGCAAUGCCGGGUCCUUUGGAGCCCAUGCCCAAGAGUCAGGGUGUGAAGCAAUGGGUGGAGCGUGGCCGCCGUAUCCGGGCUUUCCACCGUCAGGUUGGCUUCCGUCGCGUCGGAAACUCGCACUUCUUUGCGCGGGCGGUGGAUACUAAACACCCGUCGCGGGCGAUCAAGCCUGGGGAAGACGCGGGAUACGUCCCAGUUGGUGAGAUGCCCGAGGUCAAACGCAAGGCAACCAUGUAUGCGUUUGCUUGA